UCCAAAAUCUGAAGCCUAUCCACAACCAGAACCAGAAGCAAUGUACAAAAUCACAUGCUGCAUAAUUUUCAAAUCCGCUUCUCCAAUGGUGGUUAUUGAACCUUGAAGUGCUCGAAAAUGGCGACUCCUACUCCAAUGGCCUUAUCUUCAUCCCCCAAUUUCCUGUCCCUUCCGCGAACUGCAACUGCAACGCACCUUCCACUCCCACCGAAGAGGCCAUUUUUCCAACCCAAGGCACGUCUCUCUGCUGCUGCCUCCACCACCUCUCCGGAUUUAGAUCCAUCGCUGCCAUCAAACGUCCACACCUUCUGGCAAUGGGUUCGCCAAGAAGGUCUCGUCUCUUCCAAGACUCCAGUCAAGCCGGCCAUUUUCCCCGAAGGCCUCGGACUGGCCUCCAUGAAAGACCUCUCUAAGAACGACGUUGUUCUGGAGGUUCCGCAGCGACUCUGGAUAAAUCCCGACGCAGUUGCUGCUUCCGAGAUUGGGAAUGCGUGCAGUGGACUGAAGCCCUGGAUCUCUGUUGCUCUGUUUCUGAUUAGGGAAAAGUUCAACGACGACUCGCGCUGGCGACAUUACCUCGAUAUUCUCCCCCGGGAAACGGAUUCCACAGUGUUUUGGUCUGAAGAGGAGCUUGCCGAACUCCAAGGAACCCAACUUCUGAGUACAACUUUGAACGUCAAAGAAUAUGUUAAGAGCGAAUUUCUUAAGGUUGAAGAAGAGAUACUACUCCGCCACAAAGAUCUAUUUCCUUCUCCAAUAACACUGGAUGACUUCUUUUGGGCUUUUGGGAUACUUAGAUCAAGGGCAUUUUCACGACUCAGAGGCCAAAACCUUGUUUUGAUCCCUUUUGCGGAUUUGGUCAACCAUAGCGCUGACGUAACCUCAGAAGAACAUGCAUGGGAGAUCAAGGGACCUGCAGGUCUCUUCUCAUGGGAUAUCCUAUUUUCUCUCCGGUCACCAAAUCCUGUGAAGGCUGGUGAGCAGGUUUUUAUCCAAUAUGAUUUAAAAAAGAGCAAUGCUGAUUUGGCUCUCGACUAUGGGUUCAUAGAGCCGAAGGCAGAUCGCAAUGCAUAUACACUGACGUUAGAUAUACCAGAGUCAGACCCUUUCUUUGAUGAUAAGUUAGAAGUUGCUGAGACUAACGGUCUUGGCGAGACAGCUUAUUUUGACAUUGUUUUGGGCCGUCCUUUUCCACCUACAAUGCUUCCAUUCCUGCGCCUGCUAGCGCUCGGAGGCACCGAUGCAUUCCUCUUGGAAUCUCUUUUUAGAAAUUCAAUCUGGGGUCACCUUGAAUUGCCCGUAAGUCGAGCAAAUGAAGAGCUUGUAUGUCAAGUGGUCAGAAAGGCUUGCGAGGCUGCUCUUUCUGGCUACCAUACCACCAUAGAAGAGGAUGAGAAGGUAAGAGAAGAUGGAAAUCUAAACUCAAGACAGAGGAUUGCUGUUGGAAUAAGAGAAGGGGAGAAGAGGGUAUUGCAGCAAAUAAACAAUAUUUUCAAGGACAGGGAAAUGGAAUUAGAUGAAUUGGAAUAUUACCAAGAGAGGAGGCUAAAGGAUCUUGGUCUGUGUGGGGAGCAAGGUGAAAUUAUCUUUUGGGAGUCUAAAUAAGUGACCCCAAAAAUGAAGAAGAGAAUGGGGGUGUUCAAAUCCACCUAUUGUUCGAUUAAUCAUCAGUAAAUAAAUCUUUAGUUUCUUCUAGGAUGAAGUAGGCUAAAUUAUAUGCAUUUUGUGUCUGUGUUUUAAUUAAGUAGUUUCAAUUCAUUGUGCGUGUUAGAAAUAUCUUUUGUUAUAUUCGUAUUAUUGAUGCGUAAAUUUGUUCUUGCGGGAUGACAUAAGUUGCACCAAUUUUCUUCAGUAAAGAGAUUUGGCUGAAUCGAAAGAUUUCGUAUCAGUGUGGUAUUAAUCACACACUCUUCAAUGCAA